GUCAGUCUGGGACAUCUGUAAAGACAGGACCACAGGGCUGAAUGUGCACCUGUAUGAAUUGUGUAAGAGGAUAGCGCUGUGGCACUUACUGAUCAAAGGACAGUUGACAGAACUAAACUAAAACUGCAGCAGUCAUGUUUUGUGCAUUUCCUGGCCCAGGAUCAGCCAGCAAUUCCCUUAUGUAUCACUAUAGCAGUGGAAAAGAGGUGUUCUCUCCAUCUCCAAACACUGAGGAACCGAAAAGAGAUUCCGCUUCAUAUUCAUCAUUUAAACUGCCAAGCACAAGCUUCACAGGCCCGUUUUUUGAUGGGACAAACAGCUCUACAGACCGCUGGAGCUCAGCCAGCAGGAUCAGUCCAUCAGGUCACGGAGGCAUGCUGGGAUCCUCAUCAUCUAGCCAAUCACUGUCUGGGAACAAUGGCAACCUGCCAGCGCAUGACCGUCUGACCACACUACCAAAUUCAGCACCACCUGAAGUCAGCAAGUGUCUUCCACCAGUGUCCUCUUUUCACAGAGGAAGUGGCAGCGCUUCACUUUUUGUUUCUUCACCCCAUACAGCACAUGCCAGUUUCACAGAUCCUCCCAUGGGUGGUCAGGGGAACACAGUCGGCGACUCACACACUGGAGAUGCUCUCGGGAAAGCCCUGGCUUCUAUUUAUUCUCCUGAUCACACCAGUAACAGUUAUCCAUCCAGUUCCUCCACACAAGGGAGAUCACCAUCACCACUGGCUGCUUCCACUCUGUCAACAGGAGCUAACCAAUGGCCUCGAUCAGGUGGACAGACAGCACUGCCAUCCAGUUAUGAGAACUCCAUGCAGCCGAUGGUUGAAGACAGGCUGGACAGAUUAGAAGAUGUCAUUCAUGUCCUACGAAACCAUGCUGUGGGUGGGACAAAUAUUAGCCUGACCAACGACAUGCGAAGUCUAAUCGGACUCACACAGCAAGGACCAAUGACAAUGAGAUCAAACUGCCCCAACAUAAGCCUGGUGACGAAUGGAUUACCAGCUGAUGUGUCUGCAGCAGACCUAGGUGAGACUGCUCAUUUGGGCACGUACUCUUCUGCUUCUGCAUCCUCUUCUGAUCUAACUAAUCAGGAAGACAUCUUCAGAGGUCUGGCUGCAGGGCUGCUCUCCAGUAUGUCCUCUGGGUCUCUGGAAGUAAAAACCGAGCCAAGUGAUAUGGAAGAUUUUCGACUGCACCAGGCCCACCAUAGGAACCUGACACACCCGUCUCAUUCUAGCCGUCUGUCUCACUCUUCCUCCAGUGGUCCUCACUCUGAUGAAGAGAGUGACAUCAGAGAGCCUGAAACACCCAGCAACGAUCCUGCUAACAGAACCAGUAGCAUCCUUGAGGAUGAACAGCUGACUCCAGAGCAGAAGGCUGAGAGAGAGAGGGAGAGAAGGUUGGCAAAUAAUGCUCGUGAGCGUCUGCGUGUGAGGGACAUCAACGAGGCAUUUAAAGAGCUGGGCCGCAUGUGUCAGCUGCAUUUGAAAAGCGAUAAGCCCCAGACCAAACUACUCAUCCUGCAUCAGGCUGUUGCAGUCAUCCUUGGCCUAGAGCAACAAGUCCGGGAGCGAAACCUGAACCCUAAGACUGCAUGCUUGAGGAGAAGAGAGGAGGAGAAGGUGUCAGCCAUGACACUGGAUCCUCAGUCCAUGCAUACAGUCAUUCAUGCAACACAGCCUGAUCAAGUCACCGGCCAUCUCUGACAGCCUCUGAAUGAAUGCAUACGUGUGUGUGUGUGUGUGUGUGUGUGUGUGUGUGUGUGUGUGUGUGUGAGUGAGUGUGUUGGGGGGUAAAGAACUCUACAGUUUGGUUUAAUUCUUUAUAUAAUAUUUUGUAAUAGCCAGGAAUAAUGUAUAUUUUAAUUAUUCUUCGCUCUCCUGUAUAGCACUUUCAUUGCAGUUAGCUUUAUCAUGUGACCUUACGCAAUCCCCCUUCCAAAAGAGGAAAGCAAAAAUCCCGGUUUUACUGUUUAUAUAUACACAGACACUUGACUAACCCGUUUCCUUGUUUGCAUAUAGCUUCCUGGAGAGACAUUUCUACAUUUCCAUCAGUUAUUGUAGCAUUCACCUCCAGUGUACACCCACCUCGUUUCGUAUGACUUUAAUGCAUUAGUUGCAUUUUCCGUUGUUUCAACUCUGUCUUUAGUUUCACUAUUACAUGCGAUGUGCAUGACGAACACAAUGAAGUAUGGAACCAAAUUCUUGUCUUUUGUUUCUACUUUUUUUUACAAAUACAUUUUUACAUGUAA